AUGUCUACAACUGCAGAACCAUCAAGCUCAACUUCAACAGCUUCUCCCAGUAAGGAAAGAGUUGAAAUAAUGUCCAAAGCUGUGAAUUUGAUGGGACAGGGCAGGAGGAACUUAAUUUGUGGAGAUGUUCCAAUGGCUGUAACUCAGUUUGAAGAAUGUUGUCAGAUUCUUGCUCAGACUUAUGGUGAGAUGGCCUUUGAAUGUGCUCCUGCUUAUUUUUCUUAUGGACAUGCUUUGUUGGAAUUAGCUAGAAUGGACUCAAAAGUAAUUGAGAGCCUUGAAGCUGAAGCUGAAGAAGAUGAGGAGGAUGAAAGUGAAAAAUCUGAAGAUGGCAAAUCAGGUGGUGAAACACCUGGUACAACUGAAGAUGAAGACCGUACUGACAAGUCUGAAUCCCUUUCCUCACAGGAUGAAGGAACUGACAAGGAAGCAAAAACUGAAAAAGAUGAAAAUGUUAAAGAUGAUGCUGCUGAUGAUGAUAAAAAUGAAAAUGUUGAUGAACAUAUUGCUGGUAAUGAUGUGACAAAUCUUCAACUGGCUUGGGAAAGCUUAGAGUUGGCAAAGAUAAUCUACCUCAAAAGAAAAGAUAAAGAAUCUCAGUUGAAAGCAGCACAGGCCUUUUUAAAAUUGGGGGAAGUAGGUCUUGAAACAGGUGUUUAUGAUCAAGCCAUUGAGGAUAUUAAAGAGUGCCUUAAAAUUCAAAAGGAAUAUUUGGAACCUGAAGAACGGGAAAUAGCAGAGUCUUAUUACCAACUGGGUUUGGUACAUGUUUUUGCUGGAAAUCAUGACUCUUCUAUAGAGAACUUUGAAAAAGCAGUGUCUGUAAUAGAAGCAAGAAUUGAAAAAUUAAACAAGAGUAUAGAAGCAAAUAAAGAUAGCAAAGAAACUGCUGAUGUAGAAGCUGUCUACAAUGCAAAAACAGAAAUUAAGGAAUUAGAGGAAGUUGUCCCUGACAUCAAGCAAAAGAUUACAGAUACGAUUGAAGAGAAGAAAACUGUUGCAGAUCUGAAACUUAUGGCAAAGAAAGAAGCAGAAGAGAAAUUGUUACAGACUCCUAAACCUGGAACAUCAGGAUUUGAAGCAAUGGGUAAUAUUUCUGGUAUUACAAGUCUUGGCACUACAACCACUGGUUUUAGCAGUACUGAUGCUGGUAAAUCACAGGAUGUCAAGACAACAGAUAUUUCUCAUUUGGUACGAAGAAAGCGUAAACCUGAAGAAGCAACUGAUGAAUCUGCAGAGAAAAAACAGAAGUCUGAGUCUGGCAGCUCAACAGAUACUCAGUCAGCGAAAACACAAGACACAGAUACAAGUAAUGGCCCACUGUCAUCUGCACAACACACUAAGACGGAAUCAUCUGAUGCAAAAGCAAAUGAACAAACCGAAGCAAAGGAUUCCUGA